AUGCAGUCCUACCGCCAAUACCACCGCAUCCGAGCCGCGGUCGAGGCACAGGCUCAGACUGGCAGGAUUGUGAAUCUGAGUAAUGAGAAAACGAGUGUCCUGGAUGAUGACUCGCAGUCUUCGAGGAGUAAUCUGACAACUACGACGGUGCGAAACUCUCAAGAGAGACGUGAAAAUGAAGAAGCUAUUAUCGUUGGCUGGGAUGGAGUUAAUGACCCUUUGAAUCCUCGGAAUUGGUCGAUAUGGAGAAGAGCUGCUGUUUUCGGGGUGUUGUGGAUUAAUGUGUAAGUGGUGGCGAGAUAGAAGACGUGUGGAGAAGGAUCACUGAGGAUUGUGUGCUACAGGUUUGCGGUCGACUGGGCUUCCGCAGCAGAUGGCCAAGCGGGUGGGAGAAUUGCUCAAGUUUUCCACGUGAGCGAAGAAGCGGAAUCUCUCUCUUCUUCCCUCUAUACUUUCGGCAUAGCACUUGGCUCUCUCUUCGCGGGUCCCAUCGCCGAAACCGUGGGACGAAAUCCGGUCUAUGUCGUCUCGAGAUGUUUUCAUGUCUUCUGGCUCGUCGGCGCAGCUCUGGCACCCAAUUUCGGCGCGCAAUGUAUCUUCAGAUUUUUGGCGGGUCUUUCGGGCAGCAUCCUACUCGCUAUCCAUGCGGCCAGUACGGCAGACAUCUACGGCCCGGUAUAUCGAACUUUGGCAUGGCCCAUCAUUGCAAUCGCGAGUUUUUUCGGAACCUCGUUUGCUCCUAUCCCGGGGGCUUGGAUCUAUCAAGCUGGAGAGAGUAUGGGUUGGGGACCGGUCAGCAUUGAUUGGAGAUGGGCGGAUUGGAUUCCCGUGAUCCUUUCCGCAUCGACUUUGAUCUUGACUCUGUUGUUCCUGCCGGAGACUUUCAGUCCGAUCUUGUUGACUUGGCGGGCGAAGCAUCUGAGAGACGUCACAGGAGAUGGAAGAUUUUUGUCGGAGAUGGAUUUGCAGAAGACGGUGGUACAUCGGCUGAAGAUUGCAUUACUGAGGGCUUUCCACAUGAUUACCCGGGAGCCCAUCGUUCUGUUGCUGGGCGGGUGGCUGGUCUUGGAAUACAUUGUUGUCUUUGGGCUGUUGCAGGGGAUGUCGUAUAUCUUCGGGGAUACCUACGGGUUCGACCGCGGGCUGAUUGGGACUUGCUUUGUGGCGAUUGGGAUUGGAGCUGCGAUCUGGACUUCUAUGGUUCCGUUCUAUUACCACGCGUACAAGAAAAAGGUGGAAAAGCUGCACGAGGGGAUUACGGGGAAACAGCGAAGGCACAGUCUCGUUCGCGCGGCGAAUCUGCCCGGCCAGGAUCUUCCGGACCCGGAGUAUCGACUCUGGUCCGCUCUCCUCGCGGCCCCGGCGUUUCCCAUCUCUCUCUUCUGGCUCGGCUGGACGAAUUACCCUUCCAUUUCCCCCUGGAGCAGUCUCGGCGCUAUCGUUCUUCUCGGUUUCUCGUGGGCUGGAGUCUACGUCACGGUCUACCAUUACCUUCUAGAUACGUAUGGGAUCUACGCCGGGAGUUCGCUUGCUAUCGUCACGUGCUGGCGGUACCUGGCAUCGGGGUUUAUCAAUCUGGUGAGCAGGCCGAUGUACGAUGGCAUGGGUGUGCACUGGGUCAUGACGAUGUUGGGCUGUAUCGCGGUGCUGCAGAUGCCCCUGCCGAUUGUGUUUUACUUCUACGGGGAGCGGAUCCGGAAGGGAAGUGCGUUUGCGAAGAGGUAUGCGAGACCUGAGAAUUCUCGGGAGAGGAUUGGACGGGCGUUGGAGUGGAAGUGA